CAUCCCUCUCUGGCCUCAGCUACGGAUAUGCCGGAUCCCGCCCUGCCUUGACAACAGCAUGAAUCGGACUUUUUGCUCCCGAUUGCUGUACGCCAAUCAAGACCCGUUGACCCAUAGUUCUUGAAUUUCAGCCACCAGCUGCGAUCUUCAUCUCUGGGAAUUCUGGAGAACUUGGUUGGCUAAGCUCCGCUGGCAUUGUGACUCGCUGCACAAAGGCCCCUGGUUUUAAAUUGGGCUAAUCUGCCUGUUGUCUCACGUUGCCUGCCUGCUCCAGAAUUGAACAAAGGGCCCUUGAUUUCCCCCGAUUUGCGUUGGUGACGACCUCUUGCUAUAAUCGCGACAAGGCAGCUUUUUCGUCAGUCGUCAAAAUGAAGGCUACAACUACUGUCCUUGCUCUGGCUGGAUUGCUGUCCGGUGCAGGUGCAACCGCAAUCCCUACCAGCGCCGACGUCGAGGUAUCGUUGAUUGAGCGUGCACUUCCCAAUGCCCCGGAUGGAUACACCCCUCGUUCAGUCAGCUGCCCUGCCAACCGGCCUACAGUGCGUACGGCGUCAUCACUCUCGCCCAACGAGACUUCCUGGUUAGAGACCCGACGCGCAAAAACCGAGUCGGCCUUGAAGGACUUUUUCGGACAUGUCUCUAUUCAGAAUUUCGACGCGGUUAGCUAUCUCAACCGGAUCGCUACCAACACGUCAAACCUGCCCAAUGUCGGAAUCGCGGUCUCUGGGGGUGGAUACCGGGCUUUGAUGAAUGGUGCUGGUGCUAUUAAGGCGUUUGAUAGCCGUACUGCGAACUCGACCAGCUCGGGUAAGCUGGGAGGGCUGCUACAAUCUGCAACCUAUCUGGCGGGUCUUAGUGGUGGUGGAUGGCUUGUGGGUUCAAUCUACGUUAAUAACUUCACCACCAUUUCGGCGCUGCAGACGACGGGCGAUGGUGAGGUAUGGCAAUUCCAAAAUUCCAUUUUCGAAGGCCCGCAUGAUGGCAGUAUACAGCUGCUCGAUUCUACGAGUUACUACAAAGAUAUCUAUGAUGAGGUCCAAGGCAAGAAGGAUGCCGGGUAUGAGACUUCAAUCACAGAUUACUGGGGACGCGCCCUUUCCUAUCAACUCAUCAAUGCUACUCACGGUGGUCCCAGCUAUACUUGGUCGUCCAUUGCGUUGACUGAGCAGUUCCAGCAAGGCAACAUGCCAAUGCCAUUGCUGGUUGCCGAUGGUCGGUACCCGGGAGAGCUUCUGAUCGAUGGCAAUGCCACCGUCUACGAGUUCAACCCUUGGGAAUUCGGCACGUUCGAUCCCACGAUCUAUGGAUUUGUGCCCUUGGAGUACUUGGGCUCUCGUUUUGUUGGAGGCUCUAUCCCUUCGAAUGAGAGCUGUGUGCGCGGCUUUGACAAUGCCGGAUACGUGAUGGGCACGUCCUCUACGCUGUUUAACCAGUUUUUCCUGCAGAUUAAUAGCACUGAUCUCCCUAGUUUCCUAACUCACGCAUUGUCGGACAUCCUUGCCAAGAUCGACAAGGAUGAUGACGAUAUCGCUGUGUACUCGCCAAACCCCUUCUAUCAAUGGAGGAACGAGUCGUCGCCCUAUGCGAGCCAGGCCGACCUUGAUAUUGUGGAUGGCGGAGAGGACUUGCAGAAUAUCCCUCUUCACCCUUUGCUUCAGCCUGAACGUAAGCUCGAUGUCAUAUUCGCCGUCGACUCCUCCGCAGAUACCACAUACAACUGGCCCAAUGGCACUGCCCUCGUUGCUACCUAUGAACGUAGCCUGAACUCUUCGGGCAUCGCUAACGGCACCGAGUUCCCCGCCGUUCCGGACCAGAACACCUUCGUCAACUUGGGCUUGAACACACGACCCACCUUCUUCGGAUGCAACAGCUCCAACACCUCCGCCCCAUUGGUCGUCUAUAUCCCGAACUAUCCGUACUCCUUUUUAUCCAACUUUUCCACCUUCGACCCAAGCUACAAGGAGGCCCAACGAGACGACGCCAUUAUGAACGGAUACAACGUUGCCACUAUGGCUAACAGCACCAGGGACAGUGACUGGUCUGCCUGCGUGGGUUGUGCGAUCCUCAGUCGCUCCUUCGACCGUACCAACACGCAAGUGCCUGACCUGUGCACUACGUGCUUCAACAGAUACUGCUGGAAUGGCACCACCAACAGCACAGAUCCUUCAGGUUAUGAGCCGAGCGAGGUCUUGGUGGAGAGUAAGAGUGCCGCGUCGGGUGUCUUCCCUGCUGUUCUGUCGACCGUAGUUGUGGCCAGUGUUACUAUCUUCACGAUGCUGUAAAGGACUGGCAAAUACGCGAUUACUGUAUAUAUAGACGGGUUGUCUACUCUGUAUGUUCGUCAUAGAUUUGAAGCGCUAGCCGAGUUUUACGGUGGAUGCGAUGCCACAUUUUCAGGAUCAAUGCGCG